CCUCACAGACACAGCGACAAACCUGCAUCUCGACACACCUAGCCACAAAGAGCAACAGGAUGCUGAUCCUAGCCACGCUCGUUGACAUCCGCAAUGGCAUUUUGUCCUGUUUCGUCUGAUCCUCGUGCCUAGGUCUGGGCCCUCGGACCAGCCAGCCGCAACUGGCAUUUGCCUCCAUCGAUCGUCCUGGCAAUGGCAUGCAGCAUUCAUAUGCUAGUUGCUCUUGUCUAUGAGCUUGUUUUUGCGCGCUACGCUCUGUUUGUUUCAAACCUUCUGUCGUGGAUGGCGACAGAGGCGGCUUCGAAUGCGCCAUGGCUCCAAUCCGACAUAGCUUCUAUGGCAUGCUUUGCAUUCUGAAUGGCGCACACAUUCCUGGAGCUGACUUCAUAAAAGCGCCACUUACCGGCAGCAUGCACCUCCCCUAAACCUAGUCAGAGGAACUGAACGGCAGCCGCCAAUGAGCCGAGAAACAUGACCGAUCCCAGCCCUGCUGAGCGCAGCUCACUGUUGUCCGGCCCCAAAAAGAACAAAUGGCUCCAGGAGUCCGACUUCUCUGCUCAUCGAGCUUUUCUUACUGUCUUCCGUCGUCGUCACUUGGUUUUCUUCAUAAUGUUCCUCACGUCGUUCAUUUUCUUUGCUUGCCUGGCCUGGUCCUUGGCCGCUCCACAGCACAAGCGUCAGGCAAGCGGUCCAGUCAUUGGUACAAACUUUCAGGAUCCCUCGGUCGUUCAAUUAGACGACGGAAGCUAUAUUGCCUAUGCCGGCGUCAAUGGGAAUCCGGCCGGGAUUAAUGUCUUGAUCGCUACUUCUCCAGAUUUCUCCAGCUGGACCGUUCACUCAGGCUACGAUGCCUUGCCAAAUCUUCCUUCCUGGGCGGCCUCGCCUCCACAUGUAUGGGCUCCGGACGUGACUCAACUGGACAAUGGCAACUUUGUGCUAUACUAUUCGGUAACAAUGGCCGAGUCUCCAGCAAAGCACUGCGUUGCAGCAGCAACCGCCUCAAAUCCGGAAGGGCCGUUCACGCCCGUCCAGACGCCGCUGUUCUGUGAUCUCACAGCUGGCGGGGCCAUUGAUGCAGAUGGUUUCAACGACCCUGCAACCCACCGGCAGUAUGUCAUCUACAAGGUGGAUGGCAACUCUAUCGGCAACGGUGGCGCGUGCUCGAAUUCUGUCAAUCCCAUUGCACCCACCCCCCUCAAUCUCCAAGAGGUUAAUCCGGACGAUGGGUAUUCUUUCAUUGGUGGCAGCACCACGGUUUUGUUGAACGACCCAGACGAUGGGCCCAAUAUUGAAGCGCCCUCAUUGACGUACGAUGCUUCUUCUGGGACGUACAUUCUGCUGUACAGUUCCCGGUGCUUUACGACUGCCCCAUACAACAUCAGAUACGCGACCAGCAACAGUGUCUACGGCCCUUACACCAAGCAGACAAAUCCGUUCCUGGCGACUGGGGGCACAGCCGCGAACGUUUACAUCCCUGGGGGCAUUGACAUUACCAAGGACGGCAAAUUAGCCGUCUUCCACGGUGACGUGAACAUGGGGUGGUUCGCAGGCGACGGAACAGCGCGAGUACGAGCGAUGUAUGCCGUUGAGCUUUCCCUCGGAAACGGUGUUGUUAGCCCGGGGACACUGUACUGAGAAAGAGCAAUCCGAUUCGUGCUUGACCGCAGCCCCUACGAAGGAAAGCACAGAUUGUUACGUGACAAGAGAAACGACAUGAACGACGGAAAAAGGAGAAACACAAUUGGUCGAUGUAGUGCAUCUGUACAAAAGACAUUCGUUUCGAGCCUGAUUUCGAGCGUUUUAUAUAGAUCUUCACUUGAUUCUUGUUGACGUGGAGGGAGUUGAUGCAGGAGAAAGGGGUAGUUUGGGGGCCGACAAACAAAAGGAGGCACAGCCUGAUGGUGGGGGGUUUGGCUGUAGCAUUCGCUUGGGGGGUUUUGGAACACAUGAACAAUUAGCGGGACCUGGAAUAGUUUCAGCCUUGAUAAUGAGAUGUUUUGUUUCCUUCUUC